CGGGCAAUUACUAUUUGCCGCCCGUAAAAAACACUAAAAGGACAAUUUUGCCCUCCAAAUAUUUCUUUAUAUUCUAUUCGCUGAAUGGUUUUUUAAACAACUUACACACUACCCGAGUCCCGACCACCAACCCCCCACAAACACCACAGCCACCGGACGGCAGCCAAACUCGCCGGUCACCGGACCAAUCUCGUCAGGAUAUCGCCGGGCACUGGACGGCAGCCGUACCCCGUCGUCGGACCAGCGAAGCAGGUGGACAUGGCUGACAAUGUUGAACUAAUUGGUGAUUACACAGACCAUUUUCUUAAUGGCGUCCGAUAUGCCAAUUUCGAAGAUGCUGUAACAGAGACCAAAAACAUCGCGAUGUCUCUUGGUUUCUUUCUAACUAAGGGAUCGAUGAAGCCACGUGACUUGGGCAACGAAAGAUCAUUGGGUAUCUGUUAUAUGUAUUGCGACAGAUGCAGUAGGGAGAGGAAGUCAUACAAGCCGGAUCCUUCCAAAGAGAGUCGUGGCAAUACAAGUUCAAAAGGAGCGGGAUGCAUGUUCAAGAUUAAAAUCAAAGAAAUACUG